ACGUGGACGGUGCCGCGGUCACUUCCGGUCACAUGACACAUUCUACCGGUGACAGCGCUGUAGCUUGUUACUGGCUGAGCGGAUACAGUGUGUCUUGGGAUCAUGUCCGCGGAUCUGCUGAGCUGGUGUGUGGGAGAACUGGAGCGCCGCUUCGGAUUACGUGUCAGCGAGGACAUCGUACAGUAUAUCCUUUCCAUCGACACAGAGGAAGAAAUUGAAGAAUACAUUAAUGACCUUAUUCAAGGUUCUGAUGGUCAGAAACUAGACUUCAUCAAUGACUUAAAGAUACGCUGGCAGAGAAUAAGGAAUCUUCACAACUCGUCCGCAACCUCGAGCAAUAUGAAAGAUGAUAUGCCAGGCAUGCAGGGGUUAUCAUUUGCAGACCAGACGAAAAAAGGCAGACGUAAAGGAAGGAAUAAGCUGGAGCCUCUCCCAACAUCUUCUGUGACGGCUACACCUCCUGAAGAAGUAAAGACCCCGAUGGACUUGGCUAAGCAUGCUCAGGCUCAAGAAAUGGCUGCCUUGUCAUCUUCAAAGAAAAAGCAGAAAUAUGUUAACCUUUAUACUAAAGAAGGACAGGAUCGCUUAGCUGUACUGAUCCCAGGCCGUUACUCCUGCGAAUGUCUGGCCCAGAAGCAUAAGCUCAUUAACAACUGCAUGAAUUGUGGACGCAUUGUGUGUGAACAAGAGGGAUCGGGACCGUGUUUGUUUUGUGGCAACCUGGUAUGUACAAAAGAAGAACAAGAUAUUUUACUAAGAGACUCAAACAAAAGUCAGAAGUUACGAAAGAAACUCUUGGGGGGUGCUGAAACAAGUGGGAAAACGGAUCUCCUACCACACCAAGAAAUGCGUCUUAAAGUAGGUUUAGAAAGGGCCAUGCAACAUCGUGACAAGCUCCUAGAAUAUGAUAAGAACAGUGUACGACGCACCCAUGUGAUUGAUGAUGAGUCCGAUUACUUCUCCACUGAUUCCAACCAGUGGUUGUCCCAGGCAGAACGUGAGGCACUUCGCCAAAAAGAACAGGAAUUGCAAGAGCUACGUCAUGCUUCUAAGCUUUCUCGCAAGGUUACUAUAGACUUUGCAGGACGCAAAGUUAUAGAUGAAGGAGGAGACAUGGCUGAGUAUAACAAGCGGUUUGAUGAGGCUGUACAUGCAGCCAACUCUGGCACAAUAGCAAAGCCAGCGAGAAUUUCGGGAAAGAAUACACAAGAUUCCAUUCUUUUGAAUCCAUCCUUGAUGUUUCCACCACCAAUGUGGGUUGAUCAGGUGAGUUCUACAACAAAUAGGAAGAAGAUUGGUGUGGAAGAUACAGAUGAGCGCAGCAGACUCCGAAUACAGGAUAGAGAACUGCAGGAGAUCAGUGAUCAGGGCAUGUGUCUGAGCAUGCACCAGCCAUGGGCCUCACUUCUUGUUGCUGGAAUUAAAAGGGUGGAGGGCAGAUCCUGGUACAGUGCUCACAGAGGCCGUCUAUGGAUAGCAGCUGCAGCUAAAAGGCCUUCCCCACAGGAGAUCUCGGAGCUAGAGACAUCAUACCGAGUGCUUCUUCACAAAGAUGUUAAAUUUCCUAAGGAUUACCCGACUGGCUGUCUGCUGGGCUGUGUGGAAGUAAUGGACUGCUUGCCCAAUGAUCAGUUUAGGGAACAGUGUCCAACUCUCAGCCAGGAAUCUGCUUCUCCAUUUGUUUUUAUUUGUGCAAACCCUCAGGAGCUACUCAUAAAGUUCCCUAUUAAAGGACAACACAAGAUCUGGAGACUAGAUUCUAAAAUCCACCAAGGUGCCAAGAAAGGAUUGAUGUUCAGGAAAGAGAAAACGUGACAAGCUGCAGAAAGUGGCACAAGAUUCUGCAGAUGAAGGCUUCAAUAUACUUUUUCAAUAAUAGAAUUUCUAAAUAUUGUUUGCUCUUAACUUUUGAUUUUGGAUUUGUGAAUACUUUCCAAACAAAAAUAAUAAUAAAGAGCUAUUUAAUUUUAAGUUUGUAUAAUGGAUAAACUAGGCAAAAGGAAGUCCAUGGAGUAUGAUGUGUUGUGACAUUUUGUUGGAAUUUAUGCAUAACUUUAACCAUUUUUAUAGCCAUUGUAAUGCAGAAUUAGAAGACUGGUUACAGAUGCUUUAAUGGCGUAUAGUGACCCCACGACCUA